AUGGCAGGACAGAUACGACAGCCCAUCAACUUGGAGAAUCUGGAAAAGUACAUACGCGAGAAUGUACCCGAGAUAGCUGUCCCAUUGGACGUUAAACAAUUUGGAUAUGGCCAGUCGAAUCCCACAUACCAACUCACCGACGCCAAAGGCAACAAAUAUGUCAUGCGCAAGAAGCCCCCCGGCAAGAUCCUCUCGCGGACCGCCCACCAAGUCGACCGCGAAUACCACAUCAUCGCCGCCAUGGCCACAACCGACGUCCCCGUCCCGAAAGCCAUGUGCCUCUGCGAAGACGACUCGGUAAUCGGCACGGCCUUCUACAUCAUGUCCUUCCUCAAUGGCCGCAUCUUCGAAGACCCCGCUCUCCCAGGUGUCUCGCCCGAACAUCGUUACGAGAUGUGGCACUCCAUCUGCACGACCCUCGGCAAGUACCACCGCGUCGAGCCGGCGAGCGUGGGGAUGGAGAAGUUCGGACGGAAGUUUGGGUUCUUUGAUCGGCAGAUCAAGACCUUUAACAAGUUGAUGGUUGAUCAGGCGGAGGUGAAGGAUAAGGAUAGUGGGGAGAAGGUCGGGCCUAUACCGCAUUAUGAGGAGAUGGUGAAGUUCUUCGGGAACAAGGAGACCCAGCCGCGGGACAAGAGUUCGUUUGUGCAUGGCGACUUCAAGGUGGAUAAUGUGGUGUUUCAUGCUACGGAGCCGAGGGUGAUUGGGGUGUUGGAUUGGGAGAUGGCAACGAUCGGCCAUCCUCUCUCGGACGUGGUCAAUCUCAUCGCACCCUUCACCACCGCCUCCAACCCUCUGGCAGCCCGCGCUGGUCGCCGUAACCUCGGUUUCCUCCCUGGUGCCACCCCCGGGCUACCCACCAAGGAACAGUGCGUAAAGUGGUACGAAGGGAUAGUAGGGUGGGAGGUGGACGCGAGGGAACUGAAGUGGGCCGAGGCGUUCGCGAUAUACCGCGGCGCGGUCAUCAUGCAAGGCAUUGCUGCCAGAUACGCGGCGAGGCAGGCGAGCAGCGAGAGAGCGAUGGAGUACGGCAGUGCGAUGAGACCGCAUGCGGAGAUGGCGUGGGAGUUUGUGCAAGAGGUUGAGCGACAGGGGAGGGAGCAAGGCAUAAAGGGCAACGAUGACUUGAGCGAGAAGGAGAAAGCGAGUGGGCAGGGGUACAUGGCGAAGUUAUGA